CCUGAGUCACGCCCCCUGCAUUCAAUUCUAAGCUUGAUCCUAAGGUUCGAGAAGGAUUGUGGUGCCACAGACAUCCAAGAGCACUAUGGUUGAUGGGAACUCCAGUUCUUUGGCGGUGUAACCCGGAACUCUCUGUUAUCCCUGUGUCGAUCCAGCGAUAUCGUGUGAUCACAUCAUCUAAAGGAGAUGUCAUGCCUUUCUUGAGAGUCGCAUAAAUCAGUGGCUCCGCAUCUGACCUGGCAAACAAGUCAUCGACGGCCGAACCGAUGAUACUGCAGCUGGGCGGACCCUUGACAGUGGCUGGAACUACAUUCCCCUAUGCCACUACCAUAGGUUUGAUACCUGCUGUGGCAUCUUUUCUGAUAUGGCAGUCAACCAUGUGUCAGAUUGGAGCGGGAUUAGGGAGAACAUUCCAUCAAUUGCAGUCAUUGUCAUCAAGGAACUCGUAGAGGCUCACCAUGCAAACAACUUCUCUCACGUCGACAGUUCUCAUCGAUUGAAUAUUAUGUC